AUGUCAACAAAUCAGACUUUGGCCCGUGCAAAUACAAUGUCUAAAGUGUCAAUCAGACCUUGCCAUGCGUAUGAGUACAUGGUGGAGCAGGCGGGGAUAUAUAAGACAGUGGGAUUUACUGAGAAGGAUCUAUACAACAAGCUUGACCAACAACGGCGCACCACUUCCUUUGAGAGUGACUCUGAAGGCGCACUUGCCUACAUGAACGCUCUGGCAGCAAAAGACCCAUACUUCUACUGCAGGUUCAAUGUAGAUAUAGAAGACAGGUUAGCAAACAUGUUUUGGCGAGAUGGGCAUGCAUUUGUUGAUUUUAUGUGUUACCAGGAUGUGCUGAUCUUUGAUAGCACAAACAAAACCAAUGUUUACAAAAAGCCAUUGGUUUUGUUUGUUGGGUCAAACAAUCAUUGGGGAAGUAUUUUGUUUGGUGCUGCUCUUCUUGUCGAUGAAACGGUGGAGACAUACACUUGGCUGCUGCGCUCGUUUUUGGAUGCAAUGAAUGGGAAGAUGCCAAUAGCUGUACUCACAGAUGGAGAUGAGGCCAUGCGUAGUGCAAUUGAAGAUGUGAUGCCACAAGCAAAGCACCGUCUUUGUGCUUGGCACCUUUCCAGAAAUGCCAACACUAAUUUGAAGUGCGACGAAAAGUUGAAAGCUUUUAAUAGGUGCAUGAGAAAAUUCCAAACUGUGGAGCAGUUUGAAGUAAUGUGGCACGACAUGGUGGAGAAAUUCGAUCUCCACAACAGUUUCUGGAUCAACAUGAUGUAUGAGAAACGAGACAAGUGGGCUCAAGCAUUUUUCAGGAACCAUUUUAUGGCUGGCAUGAGAAGCACACAGAGGUCUGAGGGCAUGAAUAGGUUCAUCAAAGACUUUAUUGGGAGCGGCAUGAAACUAGUCGAAGUCGUUCUGAGGAUGGACCGAGCACUCAUGAGAUUGAGAAACAAUCAAGUAAAGGAUGACUUUAACACUAUGAACUCAACCCCUGUUCUUGAAACUCACCUAAAAGACUUGGAGAAUCAUGCAGCUUCUAUAUACACAUAUGAUAUGUUUAAGUGGGUUAGGAAGGAGAUCAGGAAGGAGAGCCAAGCCAUACUACGACAGGGACAAGAGUACUUUGAAGAUGGGCACCGUGUUUACACAAUGUCAGCUUACAAGUGGCCUGAUUUUGAGCACAAGGUAGUUUACUACCAUGGGAAAAACACUGAAAGUGCAACAGACCCGAUCAUGGUAUGUUCUUGUAACAUGUUUCAGUAUAGGGGAGUCCAUGUCGUCACAUGUUCACAGUGA